UAAAGCACACAUAGAACGCUUGUUGUUAGUUUCUGAUUGGUUGAUUCAUCCUGUCUGUGGCAGAGGCGGUUUGUUUGGAGUGUUUCAGUAGCUCACAGUUGCUAACGCGUCUGUUAAACAAUACAAAUACAGUUUUAUAGUACGCGGGUUGGGUUUUAUUUGUUGCCUAAGGAAAUAUGGAUAAUUUGGCGAAACACUUACUGCAGCGACUGAUGCGACGGAUCCCUGCUUCGAUGCUUAAAUCCACUCUGGACAAAUGGGGGCGUCUGACCGCAGAAAAGCGAAAAUCCUUAGAUUUCACUCAGUCAAAAUGGACCAUAACCCAAGAACUAGUCGCCCUUUGUGAGGAAAGUGAACUGACUGUAAAACACAUCACAGAACUGGAGAUGAUAUAUGUCACUGAGAAUCCAAACCAGGGAAUGUGGCACACCUUCCAGCUUUUGGAUCCUGAGGAUGACGCUCACUCUGUGGAGCUAAUGCAGUUUAAGGAACAAUUCAAAUCCCAUCUCAGUGAGCUCAAAAGAAAUGUGUCGGUCAAAAUUAAGAAGCACACAGACGAAGCUGUCUGGAUCCGAGUUGCCUGGGGAGACGGCUUGUCUCGGCCCAACCACCUGAAAGCAACAUAUGUUGUUCAUUAUCUCCAGACCCCUUAUGUUUUUGUUAAUGCUUUGUCUUCAAAGAAUAAGCCUCUGCUCUUGCAGGCCUUGACUUUGUCCACUAAACAUCAACAAAUUAAGGCUGCUAACCUGAGUGGACAGAAGCUGACCGCUCUCAGGGACCUGCUGAUGAGGCAGUACCAACAAGUGUUUCCAACAAAGUAUCCCAGCCCUCUUCCAGAGAGUGACCAAAGCAUUUCAAAGCUGCGCAUUGAAAAAGUGCAAGCUGAGGCAUCAGCAAGCAGACAUCGAAUGGCGGGAGAAACGUUCGGCGAUGGGAUGUUACCUGCACUACAGUCUGCAUUCUUUCAGCUGGAAACAAAAUUCAAAGACCCUACUAAUGAAGCCAUGACACAACGGGAUGAGCCAUUCAUAUGCAGUGUUAAAUUUUCAAGUUCCAACCUCCUUGAAUCACUCAGACAUUGUGCAUCCUCAGGAAUUGCCUCAACCCCUGUCACACCCUUGUUGUCGUCUAUUCCUCUAAAAGGCAGGAAUUAUUUUGUCAUUACCGACAAUGUUCCUACUGCUUAAUCAUAACUGUGCCAGACACAACCCUGAUUUAAAAUUUUCCCCUACUGGAAUGAUUCACAACUUUUCCCACACUUUCAGGUAACUUAUUGUCCAUAGAAAAUUUAGUUUAAACCAGACCAUUUUAAUAAGUUUCUCUUUUU